AUGACUAUCAGACCUGCAACCCACGCAGGUACAUGGUAUACUUCGAGUAGCCAUAAGCUUAUGGCCCAAUUGAAGACUCUAUUUGAACAGACUCUGGUUCGUCCUACCACUGGAAAUCGGGUACUUCUAGGACCUCACGCUGGGUACACCUAUUCGGGUGAACGGUUAGCAGAGACAUUUGCUGUAUGGGAUACCACCAAGGUCAAACGGAUCUUCUUAUUGGGACCAUCUCAUCAUGUUUAUUUCAAUAAUAAGGUAUUGGUAUCCAAAUACGAUGGAUAUGAAACUCCUAUGGGGGUCUUGCCUGUAGAUACCGAGACUGUAAAGACCCUAAUCAACAAGGUAUCUUCACUGGGAAGACAUAUCUUCAAAUAUAUGAGUGAAGAGGUUGAUGAUGAUGAACAUCUGUUUGAGAUGCAUGCACCCUUCAUCUAUUAUAGUAGCAAAGAGUUGCCUCAAGGGAUACCCAAGAUUAUUCCUAUUUUGAUCAGUGGGAUGGAUGAUAAGUUGAAUUUGGAGUUGGCCACUGCCUUAGCACCGUAUUUGGAAGCUGAAGAGAAUCAUUUCAUUAUCAGUUCGGAUUUUUGUCAUUGGGGUUCAAGAUUUGGGUACACCAAGUACUUACACAAGGAGCCAAAGAAGAGUGACGAUAUUAUUCCUUCAGAGUUAAGCUCUCUAAGUAACGUACAUGCCUCCUAUGACAAGUAUGGAUCAAGUUCAAAGUCAAAAACAAUGCCAAUACAUACAUCGAUCGAGCUUCUUGAUAGAACAGGAAUGAAUGUGGCUCUGACGGGAUCUUAUAUCAAAUGGAAACGGUACAUUGACGUCACGGGGAACACCAUAUGCGGACAACUGCCAAUUGGUGUUAUACUUCGAAUGUUAGAAGUGGGAGAUGUAGACCUGACAUUUGAAUGGAUUGGAUACUCUCAAAGUAAUUCAGUCACAAGACCGUCUGAAAGCAGUGUUUCUUAUGCUUCUGGAUACAUCACAAUAGAGUGA